UUAGAUUAUCUGUGUCCAGAGCCAUCCAGCGACCGGAGCAUCCUUGGUCUUGUUAAGGAUCCGAUCCCAAAAACCCAGGGACUCUUUAUCUUUGGACUGGAACCGGGGUUUCCUUUAGGUCAGAGUUUUCACAAGGAGGGUUUGAAGCGGAUUUUGGUUUCCGGCGGACGCUCGAGAGGUAACCAGCAAGGCUACCACCCAACCGUCAGGAUGGCAGCAAACAUGAUGAUGGCUAAUGGGACCUGGCGACCAUUAUGGCAGAUGGCUUUCGGAACCCUUCCGGUGGAGGAGUUUUUCACUCCAAUGGGUGGAUCAUUGAUGUACCUAACCAUAACAGUUCUCUCGGGCGUUAUCCUAAGAAUAUUAAGCAAAUUAAUUCUCCAUCCAGUAAUCAGCGAAUAUGUCUGUGACUUUCUCGCUACUAUGGAAAUGUGCGCGUACUUUUAUGAAAACAAUUUCAUUUUUAGUCAUUAUGGGUCUGGUUGGCUUUUCGUUGCAAUCGUCAUCGAAUGUCUCAUCGCCAAUAGGACCUAUUUCGGUGCAUCUGAAAACCCAGUUAAGUCCUUGUAUUCAUUAUGUUUGAGAGAAAUUGGUCCAGUGAAGGCCGUGGUGAAGAUAGCCUUUCAAACUUUGGCUGGAUUAGCGUCUUACAAGUUCGCCCGUCUGGUAUGGUCCCUGGAUAUGGUACCUGACCAUCGUGACAGGUACUACGAGACAAGUUGUGUAACCGACCUCAACGUCACCUUACUGGUCGGUAUGGGAAUAGAGUUAGCCGCAACACUCAUCGACACCUGGCUGGGAAUGCAGACUGUAAUGAAAAACUCCUUCAUAGACGAAUUUAUCAAAGUCGGAAAUGGUGCCUUGAUGAUUGUAAUCGGAAUCUCGACAACCGGCAUGUACUUCAACCCUGCCAUGGCUACUGGUCAUCUUCUGGGAUGUAAAGGUGCUUCUAACCAGGAUCAUCUGAUCGUCUACUGGGUGGGACCAUUCAUCGGAUGUAUCAUCGCUCUCCUCUUUGACCGACUUCUUCAUAUUGACGUGACGAAACCAAGGCCAGUCGCCAACGAAAAGAAGAAGCAGUGAGGCAAUUUCGAACAGAAAAUAACAGAAAAAAAAUGAGAGAGUAGCCGAAAUUGUGUUCAAAUGUCAUAGCUUUCAAAUUCCAUAGUGAUAUAAAGGGAACGAAAAAGGGCAAGAAGGAAGGACAAAAUAGUAUGGACAAUUUAAGGAAAUUAUUCUUAUAUCUUACAGGUUUUCAGUAGUAAUUGUUGAGGGUAACAAAUUAUUUAAUUUCGAGUUAACCUAGAAUGUGCCAUGUUAUUUCGAAAUAUUUAUUACUUUUAGACAAACUAGGAGGCAGAAAUUUUAAGUCAGUCCUCCAUAAAGGAAAAUCAUUCAUUUCUUUUAACUACUUGAUGCAUUUUUUCUGUUGUGCAAAUCCCGACACGCGUGUGUGUUUAGAGUUAACUCCCUUAACAUUCCAAUAUUUCUUUAAUUAGGAUUACCUCCCCUACUAUAAUUGUAAGUGACUUUCUCAACAGGAACUUGUGCCAAUGAAACGAUAUUGAAAACAUUUUAAAAUAAUUCCCUCUUGUACUAGAAAGACAAUACUAGUUCGUUCAUAUAAAUUGAUCGAUGAGCUAUUAUCAAGGUUGUGUUGCGGUUAAAACCUAUCAAAUUCCUUCCACGAGUAUGCUGUGAUAACAAUAGAACCUUUAUAUACUAGUUGCAUAAAACAUAUUGUUUACAUGAAUUUUUUUGCAUAUACCAUUUUAUAUGUGCACUGCUGAUGAAAUAGUGGAUUGUUUUUAUUACUUUUCCUAUUAAAAACUUUUAAAAUACAUACAUACACUGUUUAAUAUUUGUUUUGAAGACAAUACAGCGGUGUUUUUUGUU